CCCGGGACGCGGAGCCCAGGCCCCGCCGGGCAGAGGGACCGGGCUGGACCCGGGGGCAGAGCAGGGAGCGGCCCGACUCUGUGCGGUGCCGGGGCCCCGAGGCCCAGCGAGGCCGGGCGCGGCCCCAGGGACGGCAGGUCCCCGCGGCCCCCGAGUCCGGAGGCCGCCCCGCUGCUUGGAGCCGGCCGCAGGGGUCCCUCAGGGCGGGGCGCUGCCCUCGGGGCCUGACGCUCCGCGCUGAAGAGGCGGGUGGCGGCGGACGGGGCUCGGGGGCUCGGCCCCGGCCUCCAGCCCAGCCCAGCCCAGCCCAGCGCUGGCGCUUUGGCCGGUUGCCGGCUGCGCAGCAGUAAGCACGUCGCACGCUUUUCACCAGGGCCGCGCUUGGUGAAUAAAAACUUGAGACUCCAAAAGGGGAGGCGGCAAACAUCCACCCACAGUUUAGUUAUUGAACAUACAGCUGUGGCCAAAGGCCUCUGGUAUUUUUGGAGGCAAAAAAACAGCUUCGGGAGACUUAAUAGGAGCAAACCUGUUAAUUUUUUGGGUUGUGGGGAUUUUUUGGUUUUGUAAAACGGAGAACUGAGACGCAUUAGUUGGCAAAUGAUGCCUUGAUGAAACUGGCCAUGCAGUGCUCUUUGCUAACACACUACUCGCUAAAUUCAUGAAGUUUCCAAUUCUUACCACAGAAGGCCACCAAUGUGUAUACAGUGGAGGAAUUAUUCUGUCAUCACUGAACAGGCAACACAUGCACUGUCCUCCUUCUUGGGCCAGGACUCACUCCUAUUGCUGAAAACUCUUCAGUCCCUCUGGACAAAGAAAGAGAUGAACAAGCAGCUCAAGGAAGAAACCAGGCGGGGUUUUGCAGCUCUGGAAGACCCAUUGGCAGGACUCCUGGACAUGCUGGAGAGCAGCAGUGACUGGAAGGGGAAAGGGCAGUCCCUGGGGUAUUACAUCACCAAUGAGUUGCAACUUUGGAUAAAGGAACAUCCUGCUGUUCAGCAGUCUGGCUUGAGGCUGAAGAAACUCCAGGCCCGAGUAUUCAGAAUACUAGCCCAGAGCCAAGUUAAUCUCCUUGACCCGCUGAUUGGCAUUUUUCAGCUACGUACAGCAGACCAGAACAGUUUGCUUGGACAUGUUGGUCAUAUUUACCACAAGGGCAAGUACAAAGAGGCAGCCAUUCUGAGUAUAAAGCUAAACUUACAGCUGGAACUAGAUGUGGAGAAGAUGUGCACUCCAUUGCUACUUCAAGAGAAAACUAACCUAGUGGAGGCUUAUGUGGCAGAAUAUCCUGAUCUCCAGUGCAAACUCUUGCAGACCCUGGAUAUGUGGUGUGAACCUAAUUUUAAUACUACAGAUAUCUCAAGGCAGUAUCAAGGUUUACGACCUAACAAACUCAACCACAAAAUGUUAAGCAAACUGGUCUUCAGGCUCCUAGAACAAUAUAAUCUAGAUCCAGUUCUCUGUCCGAAUGUCAUAAAUCAGCGACACCUAGGCUCUCUGAAAUAUCUCUUCUACAAGAGGUUUGUUGAGAAAACCAUGACUCAGGAGAAUUGGGCCGAUCAUGUUCAGAACACAGUUGGGGAGAAUCGAUGGCUACAAGAGCAGCUGAUCCAACUGCUAGUCAGCUACUGUGAUCUGAACACAGCAGCCAGGUGGGCUCUCCGCUAUAGCUUACCUGAGAAGACCCUGCCUUACGGAGUGGCCGAUGAACUUCAGAAACUCAAGGUCCCGGAGAGGGUAGAAGAUGCUGAGAGCACAGUGGAUGACUAUGAAGAGGAUAGGAAGGAGGGUUAUUACCAGAUCCCCAUUCCCAGGGAGAACAUUCACUUUCUGCAGACAUGGGAAGGGAUACUGAGGUGGAGGGAGAAGGUGCUGCAGCCCGGCCAGGUUGUUGGCAUCGACAUGGAGUGGAGGCCGUCAUUUGGAGUGGUGGGAAAGCCACGCGUCUCGGUGAUGCAGAUUGCUAUCGAGGAGCAGGUGUUCCUCCUGGAUUUGUUGCAGCUCCUCAAGCCAGAUGAGAUGGAGGAGCUUUCUCACUUUGUCCAGACCCUCUUCUCAGAUCCAACCAUCAUUAAACUAGGUUAUGGGAUGUCCGGAGACCUGCACAGCCUAGCUGCUACGUGCUCUGCUUUUAAAGAAAUGAAUAAGCAGGUGCAAGGCAUAGUGGACCUGCUUGCAGUAGAUAAACAAUUACAGAAAUGCUGGAGGAAGAGCAGCCGUCAAGUUGAUGUACUGUCACAGGAGAAGAGCUGUGGAGACAGAGGGUUCAGGCAGCCAGAAAGAGGGCUCAGUCUGCUGGUGCAGCAUGUCCUGGGGAAACCUCUUAAUAAAACUGAGCAGCUCUCCAACUGGGAGAAACGGCCGCUGCGGGAGGAACAAAUCCUCUAUGCAGCUUCUGAUGCGUACUGCUUGCUGGAGGUGUAUAAGAAACUGUGUGAAGAUCCGUUAGGCUUUGGCCUGUGUUCAGAUCUCACUGAGAGCCUGGUGGCUAAACCUACCACAAAACACAGGGCAAAGAAGCAGCUGAAUCAACAAGAAAUGCCAUCACCUUCCAAGCAGCAAGCCAAAGUGAUUGGCAUGGCGGCCUUGCGUCCCCCUCCUUCUGUCUCCCCGAAGGAGUUCAGCGUGGUCUGUGAUAACAUGCUGCAGGGACUUGGGCGCCACCUUCGCUGCCUCGGAGUGGACGUCCGCAUGCUAGAGAAUGACGACAACCAUAGAAAAGCUGCUGAGAUUGCGAGGCAGGAAGGAAGGGUCAUUUUAACUUCUGGACUCCCAUAUCAGACACUGCAGUCCCAGGUAGGAGAAGGAAGGUGUUUCUCUGUGGACUGUUCGGAAAAAGCAAAGGAGCAGGCCUUCCAGGUUCUGAAGCACUUCAAUGUUCAAGUAUCCCUUGCAGAUGUCUUCAGCCGUUGUCAGAAUGGAAGAUCUGCGGUGGGUUUUGGCCAGCUUGUGAUGCUGUAAUGAUGAACUAGAGAGGACCAAGGGCUUUCAGUAACUUCCAUUUCUUGAUAAAGAAACCAGCUACUAAAACCAUGGCAAUCGGAUUUUUGGAACCUUCCCUCCAAUUCUGAUGAGGCCUGGGUGUUAUGGAAUUUUAUGAAGAAUGAUUACAUUAGCAGCAGAUUAUUUAAAAAAAUCAUGAAAUGCAUAUUUCUCUUACUUCCAGAUUUUGAAGGUUAGGUGUCAGGAUGGAGAUUUUCCUCCAGUCGGUGGCAGGAAAUCCAGGACAGGCCUACAGAGCUGCAAACCGUGACAUCACUCCUUCUUCAGAGAGUGUCCGUGAUCAAAAGGCCUUUGCAUCUCUCUGUAUUUCUAGUGCAGUGAAGUUUGGUGUGGGGAUCUCGAUCACAAUCUCCUGUACAGAGUCCAGUAUGAACCAAGGAAGCUCUUUAAAAAUAGGAAAAAUUACCAACAUUUGUUGUUAAGGUGAAAUUAACUUCACCCGCAUUUGCAGUCUAUGCUAGGGAAGUGCAGGGCAGUUGAGGAAGGGAAACUUCUCAGGGGCCAGGCACAGGCCAUCCCCACAACUGUUUCCAACCUGUGGGAUGGAAGAGUAGGUACAGCCCCUUCAAGCAGAUUGUAUCAGUUCCUGGUCACUGGAUCCACGUAAAUCUGGAUUUAAACCCCUCUCCAUGUCCAUCUCUGGAACACCCCUGGAACAUUAAGCUUUUUAAUACUAGCCUAAGCUUUUUAAGUUUUUAACUUUUUUAACUUUUUAACACUGGCUGUCGUGGCCACUCCCAGAGCUUAAGUGAUGUGGAGGACAUUGCAUCAGCCCUCUUCCCUAAUGUGUGGCUGAUCUGCUGUGUGACCUUGGGCAAAUCACUUCACCCCUUGGUGCUGCUGUUUCUCCUCCUGCCCUUUGUCUAUUUAGAUUGAAAGCUCUUUAGGGCAGGGACAGUCUCUCAUUCUGUGUCUGUACAGGACCCAACAGGUUUAUGAUUGUUAUUGCUGUACCAGCUAGGAGCCCUGGGCAUGGCCCAGUGCCCCAUGGGGCAGUACGUACAAAGAGACAGUCCCUGCCCUAGGGGCUCAUAGUUUAAGUACAGGACAAGAGACACCAGAUGGGAGAAUGCAAAUAACCAAUGAGCCUAAUUGGUCCAUGUGACAGGAAAUGGCCUCUGCACACCAGCAGCCUAACCAUGGUCAGGGUUUAUGCAGGCGCCAUGGCAAAGGAGAGUUCUGAGGAGGGAUUGGAAGGUGGCUAAGGAGGUCAUGCUGCAGAGGUUUACAGGGAGUACCUCCCAAGCCUGGGGUAGCAUGGGAGAAAGCACCAAGGUCUUUGUUUGAAAAUUUACCAAGUCGGCAAUGGAGGCAGGCAUCAUGGGCUAAUUGGAGACGAGCACCAACACCAAUGUCUCUGCCCAGGCCUCUAGGUUCUGCCAUAAUAUACUAACAGUAAGUAGAAAACUCAACUCAUGCUUAACUAUGGGGCUGCAACAAGCACUUCCAGAAUAACAUAGCAAUCUGUACGACAAAGAGCCUUCCAGUCACAAAGGGCUAUAUGAACAAAAGAUUUCAUGAGCUGCAUUGUGCCUUGUCCUCAUUGCUACUGACUUCCCUAGCUGAAAUCAAGUAUGAAGUGUUGGAUCUGCAUCUCCUAGUCGCAGCUGGGGUUAAUGCACUUCAUAAUCCCAUCCCUCAGUCUGUGUGGCAUAGCUGGGUACCUCUACACUUUGAGCUGAGGAGCUCGAGGAGACAGGUCUGUGCUAGCUCUGAUUGAGCUAAUGCACUAAAAAUAGAGCAGUGUCAGGGGCUAGCUGCCUGAGACUAUGCUUAGCAUCUCAGACGGGUGGGUAGUCGAGGCAGUUAGCUCAUCCACAGGUCUGUCCUGAGCUCGGAAUUAUACCCUCAAAUCAACCUGCAGACACACAUCUGGGUCUGCUGAGAGGAGAUGGGAAAAGAAAGUAUGCUGGGUUUCACCUUGACAGAGUGAGAGCUAGACUGGGACACUUCACUACAUACAGUUUUAUAUGAUACAGUCCAGUGCUUGCAGGAGUCUGUUUUGUUUUUAAUAUACCUUUACACCAAUAUUUCUAAAGGCAUUUUCUAGACCAAAAAAUUAUUUAACUUAGUGGUAAGUAUAUUAGAGGAGGUUAUCUACCCACUAGAAAAUAAUACAUACUAUGAAUGCUACAUCUGAUAAAUCUAAAGCAUUAAAAAUAUGGAAAUGAUCAAUUAAAACUAUAUAGACACAGGGUUGGUCUCUCUGGAGACCCAUUGGAGUCAAACAGAGUUAGGCCAGUGCUGAACCCUUUGAAAAUCCUCCCCAAAGUUUCUCGUGCCUUUGCAGCUCCUGCAUUCUCUUUAAAAAUGCAGAUGUGUGAAAACUCACAUACAGCAUAUUCCAGUGGCAACCUUAACUCUGACCUUCCAGCUGGUUCUCACGCCCUUAGGUCCUUUUGGAUAAAAGAGACAGAGCCUAAAUCCCAUUUGCAGAAAUAACUUACAGCCAGAUUUUCAAGGGUAUUUAGGCACCUAAAGAUGAAGAUAGGAUGGGAGUUAGGUGCUGAACUUGCUGAGGUGCUUUCUGAAAAUCCCACUAGACACCUGUCUGCAUCUUUACACUCCUAAAUACCUUUGAAAAUCUGGCCCUUGGACCCAGAUCCUCGAAGGUAUUUAGGCCCCUAAUUCCCAUUGAGAAUCUGGGCCUGAGGAGUCUAAGUCCCAUUGGCUUUAAAUGAGGUUCCUAAGUGCUUAGGUCAUUUUUGGAAAUGGGACUCGGGCUUCUACAUCAUGUUAAUUGAAUUGUCUCGUUAGACUGACCUCACACUUGGUAGGGCAACUCACAUCUUUUCAUGUAUUUAUACCUGCUCCUGUAUUUUCCACUCCAUACAUCUGAUGAAGUGGGUUCUAGCCCACGAAAGCUUAUGCCCAGAUAAAUUCGUUAGUCUCUAAGGUGCCACAAGGACUCCUCGUUGUUUUUAUAUCAUGAAGAUGCUUUGGAAGUGUUAGCACCAGUAUCUAAAUGUAAAAUGUUGUUUUGUUAUGUGGUGUAUUCAAUUGGGAUGUUCGCUACAUUUCAGCAGUUGGUUUCUUUACUAACCCCGGUCUACACUAGAGAGGGGGGAUUGAUCUAAGUUAUGCAACUUCAGCUACAUGAAUAACAUAGCAGAAGUCGACCUACUUAGAUCGACUUACCGUGGUGUCUUCACUGCGGUGAGUUGACAACUGCAGCUUCCCCAUCGAUUCCGCCUGCGCCGUUUGCAGAACUGGAGUACAGGAGUCGACGGGAGAGCACUCGGGGGUCCAUUUAUUGUGUCUAGACUAGAUGAGAUAAAUCAAUCCCUGCUGGGUCGAUCGCUGCCCGCCAGUCCGGCAGGUAGUGUAGACAUACCCUAAGUGUCAAAGUCAAAUUUUACUGAGUGUGAUAGGAAAGGUUUUAGUUCAGAUUUUGCAUUGUGGUACUGAGGUCUUCAGUGGUAAAAUUCUGUUUCACUGUCAGGGCGACACUCCUGCAAAAACACCCAGUUAACUUUGUGCACGUGAGUGGGGCCUUUGGCUUCAGUGAGCCUGCUCCCAUGUACAAAGUUGUGCAGGACACAAGUCUGAGUGGGAUCAAGGCCUAAGAUUGUGGGCAGCUUCAGGAAGGAUCAUGCCAGUUUGUUCCUUGUAUUAUAUGUAUACAUUUUAGAAGUUAUCAGAGAGAAGCUGAGAUUAUGAAAACUAAAUGAAUAGGAGUUGGAUGUUCCAGUCCCGUAAGCACCUUCAGAAUUAGAGUUGCCAGGUGUCCGGUUUUUGAUUGGAACGCCCGUUCAAAAAGGGACCCUGGGCUGUUAAAAGUCCAGUUGGUGGGGCUGGCAGGCUCCUUAUGGGGCUCCAUGUGGUUCCCUGAAAGCGACAACGUGCUCCUAGGUGGAGGCACAGCCGGGGAGCUCCAUGCGCUGCCCCUGCCCUGAGUGCCGGCUCCGCAGCUCCCAUUGGCCAGGAACCAUGACCGAUGGGAGCUGAGGGGCAGUGCCUGCAGGCGGAGACAGCAUGCAGAGCCUCCUGGCCGUGCCUAGGAGCCAAGGGACAUGUCGCAGCUUCCGUGGAGCCUCCUGAGGUAAGCCCGGAUCCUGCUCCCCUCACCCCUCCUGCACGCCAGCCCUGCCCUGAGCCCCCUCCCACACCCAAACUCCCUUCUGGAGCCUGCACCCCUUCCCACACCCCAAUUCCUGCCCAUACCCACACCCAGACUUCCUCCUGGAGCCUGCACCCCCAGCGCCCCAACCCCCUGGCCCAGCCUGGAGCCCCCUCCCACACGCUGAACCCCCUCAUUUCUGGCCCCAUUCUGGAGCCUGCACCCCCAGUCCAGAGCCUGUACACCCUCCCACACCCCAGCUGCCUCCCAUACUCCAAACCCCUCAUCUCCACCCCCCCCAGCCCGGGGUCCCCUCCUGCACCCCAAACUCCUCAUCCCUGGUCCCACCCCAGAGCCUGCCCCCAACCCCCUGUCCCAGCCCAGAGCCCCUUCCCACACCCUGAACCCCUCAUCUCUGGCCCCACCCUGGAGCUCACACCCCAACCCCCUGCCUCAGCCUGAUGAAAAUGAGUGAAGGGGUGAGGGCAGAGAGAGGGGGGAUGGAGUGAGCGGAGGGUGGGGCCUCAGAAAAGGGGCAGGGCAGGGUGUUCAGUUUUGUGGGAUUAGAAAGUUGGCAACCCUAGUGACCAUAGCAACUACCAUGUGGAGCAUUUUGUAUUUCUAUGUAUUCCUCAGACUUCCCUGGCAUUACUGAGCUGUGUUGGGAUAUGAUUAUAUUCGUCUUUGAUUCUUUGA